GAACUACGCUUGCGCUGGGGAGUGACACUGUUCAUGUACUCAAGCCGGUGAAAUAUGGAAAGGAAAGUGCUUGCACUCCAGGCAAGGAAGAAAAGAACCAAGGCGAAAAAGCCCGGCAAAAAGCCUGAACCCCACCCCAGGGGAUCCUCCCAGCAGCCAGACUCCGCUCUGCAGGAACAGGACGAGGAGAUCCUGGGCUCCGACGAUGAAGAACAAGAGGACCCCAACGACUACUGCAAGGGUGGUUACCACCACGUAAAGAUUGGUGAUCUGUUCAACGGACGAUACCACGUGAUCCGUAAGCUGGGCUGGGGCCAUUUCUCCACGGUAUGGCUUGCAUGGGACAUACAGGGAAAGCGCUUUGUGGCCAUGAAGGUGGUGAAGAGUGCAGAACAUUACACUGAAACAGCUCUGGACGAGAUCAAGCUCCUGAGAUCGGUGAGAAACUCAGACCCCGGUGAUCCCAACAGAGAGAAAGUGGUCCAGCUACUGGAUGACUUCAAGAUCUCUGGAAUGAAUGGGACUCAUGUAUGUAUGGUGUUUGAGGUCCUUGGUCAUCAUCUACUCAAGUGGAUUAUCAAGUCCAACUACCAGGGCUUACCUUUGCCCUGUGUCAAGAGUAUAAUUCGUCAGGUUUUACAAGGCCUGGAUUAUCUGCACACAAAGUGUAAGAUAAUUCACACUGACGUAAAGCCAGAGAAUAUACUGAUGAAUGUAAAUGAGGCAUACAUUAGGAAACUGGCGGCUGAAGCCACUGAAUGGCAACGGGCUGGAGCCCCGCCCCCCUCAGGCUCUGCAGUGAGCACUGCCCCAGCACAAAAACAAAUGGUGAAAAUGUCGAAGAGCAAGAAGAAGAAGAUGAAGAAGAAACAGAAACGUCAGGCGGAGCAGCUAGAGAAACGCAUCUUGGAAAUGGCGGAGUUAGAAAAAGGGCCCGAGGCCGGCGAGGACGAGGAGGACGAGGAAAUGUCGGAGAGUCCUCCGUCCGUCCUCUCGAACCAGAGGCCACCGCAGGAGGUCGCUGGAGAGGCCACGCAAAAUGGAGCACAGGAAGGCUGGCCUCAGCAGCAGGAGAACGUCAUGGAGGUGAACUGUAACGGCCAGAGCCAGGGCGUCGAGGAGGACGCGUCACAGGACGCUCAGGAGCAGAUUAAGGACGAGGACCUGAUCAACCCUUACGACAGCGGCACCGAGGGGUCCGACACGCAGCACAGCGCCUCUUACUCGGCCUGCAACGGGACGGCGCUGAGCGAAGCCGCCCCCCCGCCCGCCGGCACCGACGGUAAUGGACCUUUGCUUUGUGACAUGCCUGAGUCACAGUCCUGUAGGGUUGAGCAGCAGGAGCAGGAGAAGGUCCAGGUCCAGGAUCCUGAGGGCAAAGCAGAGACAGGCCCUAACCCUGCAGAGGGCCACACCCAGGAGCUAGAGUCCCACACACAGUCUGGUCCAGAGAAGGCGGAGGAAAACCCAAAGGACGCUAAGCUUGCAGCAGGAAACCUGCUGGUGAACCCACUGGAUCCGCUCAAUGCUGAUAUGAUCCAGGUUAAGAUCGCUGACCUGGGCAAUGCCUGCUGGGUGCACAAACACUUCACAGACGACAUUCAGACGCGACAGUACCGCUCUCUGGAGGUGCUGAUAGGGUCAGGCUAUGGAACGCCAGCUGAUAUCUGGAGCACAGCUUGCAUGGCGUUUGAGCUGGCGACGGGGGAUUACCUGUUCGAACCGCACUCCGGCGAGGAUUACUCGAGAGAUGAAGAUCAUAUCGCGUUGAUCAUAGAGCUUCUCGGAAAAGUCCCUCGCAAACUUAUCAUGAAUGGAAAAUAUUCCAAGGAAUUCUUCACCAAGAAAGGUGACCUGAGGCACAUCACUAAGCUGAAGCCCUGGGGUUUACAGGACGUGUUGAUGGAGAAGUAUGAGUGGCUAAGGGAGGACGCUCAGGCCUUUGCUAGCUUCCUGUUGCCCAUGCUGGACCUCAUCCCUGAAAAGAGGGCCACUGCAGCGGAGUGCCUGCGUCACGCCUGGAUCACCUCCUAA